UUCUAGCAGUCUUCGAUACACACUCACACACACACUGACAGAGAGGGAGGGAACAGUGAAGUCGUCUUGUAUCUACACUUCUCUCUGAGUGCGUGUGUGUGUCUGUGUGCAAACUCACAUUGAGGAUUUCUACGACACUUUCGGGAUAUGUGCAGUCUCUGUGCAGGAUCCCUCCGCUGUACCCGCCUCUCUGGAGCCGCUGUUUGAAUGUUUUGGGAACUUUUUACAGAGUUUUUCUCCAUGUUUGCUUUCAUGCAGAACCCGGCAGUGAGUGUGUGAAGGCGGACUGAGAACACAGGUUGAAUGCGAAUAGUUGAAGCCUCCAGCUGCAUGAAGAGGUUCUAGUUUCUGUAGUUUUCUCACGGAGAGAGAAGGCGAGAGGACAGGGGAGACACUUUGAACUUGAGUGUGUGCGCGGAUCCAGGAUCAGCUCAGGAUGUCUGACUCUGCCUCCAGUUUCCUGCACAUCGGGGAUAUCGUGUCCCUGUACGCAGAGGGCACGGUGAACGGCUUCAUCAGCACCCUGGGGUUGGUAGAUGACCGCUGUGUGGUCGAACCGGCUGCUGGAGAUCUGGAGAAUCCUCCAAAGAAAUUCAGAGACUGCCUGUUCAAGGUUUGUCCCAUGAGUCGAUACUCGGCUCAGAAACAGUUCUGGAAAGCCAAACAAGCCAAACAUGAGAAGGACAAGAUCGCUGACGUGGUGCUGCUGCAGAAACUACAGCAUGCGUCCAACCUGGAGCAGAAGCAGAACGAGACAGAAAACAAGAAAGUCCACGGAGACGUUGUCAAAUAUGGAACAGUCAUGCAGUUGCUGCACAUGAAGAGUAAUAAGUACCUGACGGUGAACAAGCGCCUCCCCGCUCUCCUGGAGAAGAACGCCAUGCGGGUCACUCUGGACGGGACGGGGAACGAGGGCUCCUGGCUCUUCAUCCAGCCCUUCUGGAAGCUCAGAGCCAACGGAGACAAUGUGGUGGUUGGAGACAAAGUGAUGCUGAACCCGGUGAACGCCGGGCAGCCGCUGCACGCCUCAAACUACGAGCUGACCGACCAUCCGGGCUGCAAAGAGGUGAACUCUGUGAACUGCAACACCAGCUGGAAGAUCAACCUGUUCAUGAUGUUCAGCGACAACAGAGAGGAAGUCCUCAAAGGAGGCGAGGUGGUGCGUUUGUUUCACGCCGAGCAGGAGAAGUUUCUGACCUGCGACGAGUACAAGAGCAAACUCCACGUGUUCCUCCGAACGACUCUGAGACAAUCUGCCACCUCAGCCACCAGCUCCAACGCUCUGUGGGAGAUCGAGGUUGUCCAUCAUGACCCUUGUCGUGGGGGGGCGGGACAUUGGAACAGCCUCUAUCGCUUCAAACACCUGGCCACCGGAAACUACCUGGCUGCUGAGGAGAACCCGGGAUAUAAAGGAGACAGUGCAGAGCCGGCAUCUGUAGUCGACAGCAGUCGCACCAAGCGCUCCCACGGCGAGAGGAUCAAGUACAAGUUGGUGGCGGUGGCUCAUGGGAACGACAUCGCCUCGCUGUUCGAGCUCGACCCGACCACGCUGCAGAAGACCGACUCGUUCGUACCACGAAACUCGUACGUACGACUAAGACAUCUGUGCACCAACACCUGGAUCCAGAGCACCAACGUCCCCAUCGAUAUCGACGAGGAGAGACCCAUCAGACUCAUGUUAGGAACGUGUCCCACUAAAGAGGAUAAGGAGGCGUUUGCCAUCGUCUCUGUUCCUGUGAUGGAGAUCAGAGAUCUGGACUUCGCUAACGAUGCCAGCGCCAUGCUGAGCACCGUGGUGGACCAGUUCGGACAGGGCUUCAUCAGCCAGAACGACCGCCGGUUUGCCAUCAAGCUGCUGGAGGACGUGGUUUUCUUCGUGGCUGACGUCAUCAACAGCGGGCAGGCGGUCCUGGAUGUAAACAUGUCCAAAGCCAACCGAGAGAGACAGAAACUGAUGAGAGAACAGAACAUCCUCAAACAGAUCUUUGGCAUCCUGAAGGCCCCCUUUAAGGACCGGGGGGAAGGGGAGGGUCCUCUGCUGCGUCUGGAGGAGCUGGCGGACCAGAAGAACUCUCCCUACCAGUACAUGUUCAGACUCUGCUAUCGAGUCCUCCGACACUCCCAGGAGGACUACCGCAAGAACCAGGAGCACAUAGCGAAGCAGUUCGGUGUGAUGCAGAGUCAGAUCGGUUAUGACAUCCUGGCUGAGGACACCAUCACCGCCCUGCUGCACAACAACCGAAAACUGCUGGAAAAACACAUCACCAAGACCGAGGUGGAGACCUUCGUCAGCCUGGUCCGCAAGAACAGAGAGCCCAGGUUUCUGGACUACCUGUCAGAUCUGUGUGUGUCCAACAACGUGGCCAUCCCCGUCACUCAGGAGCUCAUCUGUAAAUGUGUACUGGACCCCAAAAACCAGGAUAUCCUCAUCAAGACAGAACGUCGUGUCCCCAAAGAUGCGACCCCUGGUGGUGGAGAAUACAUCGGGAUGGAAGACUAUGGAGAUGAUGACGAGGUGUGGCUGGUGUGGACAGACAAGACCAAUGAGAAGCAGGAGAAGGGCAUCAGACAGCUGGCUCAGGAGGCAAGACAAGGGAACGCUCACGAUGAGAACGUCCUCACCUACUACAGGUACCAGCUGAAGCUCUUUGCCCGGAUGUGUCUGGACCGUCAGUAUCUGGCGAUAGACGAGAUCUCCAAGCAGCUGGAUGUGGAGCUCAUCUUCCUGUGCAUGAUGGACGAGACGCUGCCCUUUGACCUCCGGGCCUCCUUCUGCCGCCUCAUGCUCCACGCCCAUGUAGAUCGGGACCCUCAGGAGCUGGUGACCCCUGUGAAGUUCGCUCGCCUCUGGACCGAGAUCCCCUCCUCCAUCACCAUCAAAGA